AUGAAUAGUUCAUCAUCAGAGAUGCCUAAUUUCUUGCAUCUAUUCAAGACUUGUGCUUCAUUAAGUUCCUUUGACUGUGAUUCAAAUCAUUCUACCAAGAGACUUGGGGAUGAAUUGUUAUUAUACAGUCCAUCACGAAGCCAGCAAUUCUCAAACCCAAACAAAAGAAUUGUUAUAGGAGAUGAUUCUUGGUUGAAAAGAGGUGUUACAAUCUCAAGUGAAACGAGCAGUCCAGAAAGAUAAUUUGAAAGACAAGAAUUUUUUAGUUCAUUCAGGGUUCCAAUUAAUUUCUGCGAGGAGCAGGAGGGAUCCAAUAGAUUAGAGCACUUUGAAAAGGAUGCUGUUAAUUAUAUCACUCCUGAAACUUUAUAUAAAAAUGCUAAUGAUAUUACAUUGUUUGAUUGUCGUUAUAAAUUUGAGUUUGAGGGUGGUCACAUCUAUGGUGCAACUCAUCUUUGCAACCCCUUCGAGAUAGAGUCUAUAUUUUUUAAAUAAAUUCCCACUGUAAAACCAGUAAUCGUGCUCUAUUGUGAGUUCUCGGAGAAGCGAAGCAUUUAAAUUUACAAAUAAAUAAGAAACAUAGAUAGAAACCUAAACGACUACCCGAAAUUACAUUAUCCUGAUUUGUAUAUACUUAAUAAAGGAUUUUCAAACUACAGUCUACAGUACCCGUCCCAAGUUGAGGGUAAGUACAUUCGAAUGGAUUCAAAGGAAUAUUCUACCUAAUAUAAAGAAUAAAAAUCUUAGACUGACAAUCAAUGGAAUUCAUUAAAAUUGAAAAAAAGAGAGUAUAAAAAAUGA